AUGGCCGACGAGGUGAGCACAAAAGGACUUCACUGUAGUAUCGACCGAACGACAUUGAAGGGUUAUAAGAGUGUGUUAAAGGGAGCAUUAUUGGGGAAACACUAUGAUGCGGAUAUCGUAGAUGGUAUUCUGCAUGUCUGGUGUUGUGUAUCUGACAUAAGAGGAUGGGAAUCCUCAAAGGACGAGCGCUGCGAUCUUCUAUAUUACUUAGCAGGAGCAAUAACAUAUGAAAAGUUGCAGAACAAAGAUGAUUUUGGAACAAUCAUGAAUGGAUUACCCAAUGUGUUAAAAACGUACUUCAGUAAUCUAGAAGGAUGUAGCAUAAAGGAGAAUAAUAAUGGAGAAAAGUUCUUUGCUAAGAUGAAGUUACUAGGGAAGUACAAUUUGGGACCUGCGGAAAUAUUGGAAGGACAGGGAGAUUCCAGUAAUGUUAGUUGUGAGAGGUGUAAAAAAUAUUUGGAAGAAGUUAUGCGGGCAUAUGGAAUUGUGAAAGGUUAUUGUGACCUAUCUACGAAUAUUACAAACUGUGAAGGGGUGAGAGAUGGGUAUAGGAAUAAAAAUCCGCAGGAUCUUUACGAGGCAAUGUAUGGAAAGGUGGAGCUCCAAAGACCUGAAGUAUUGUCCGAAGAGAAUUGCGAGCAGGAAAGGCUAUCCUCACGACAAAUAUAUUGCCAAUUCCAAGAAGCUCUGGAUCAAUAUAAAGAUGAGGUGUCUAACAUGGAAGAUAUAAAAACUGCAAUUGACGGUAUAUUGACCUCAUAUGGGAAUCACAGCUACUAUGGAGAAUUAUCUGCAAAAGCCUUCUGUCUUGCAUCACAGAAGAAGGAAAAGCAGAAGGCAUCAUCGGAGGACAAGUAUUGUACCUCUUUAUACUAUUGGUUAGGGGACCAAUUGUUCAGCACUAUGAACAAUUCUACAGAGUUUUCUAAAGCUAUGAGUGAAGUCUACAACAAAUUGGAACAACUGAAGGGACUCGAAACAGAAGGAAAAUGUGAGGUUAUGUACCCGAAUGACAACAUCAACUUGGAAACUUUUAACCACAUGAAACCAAUAUUGGAUUAUUAUCAUGAUUAUACCACUAUAAAAAAAUGCGUAGAUGAUCCCCAGGCUUCCGAGCCUAAGUGCACUACGGAGUAUGAACGUUAUCUGAAAGAAGUUCUCUCAGCCUAUGAUUAUAUGAGCAUAAAAUGUCCAAAGGAAGAUGUGAGUAAUAAUAAAGAAUGGUGCACAGAUUUUAAAAAAAUGACUGCUACACACAGUCGUGAAGAAUUACUAAAAUUAAAGUGUUCUUUAAAACAUACAUCAGAUUGUCCAAGCAACGCCGUCGCCGCUGCCAUAUCGGGUACAUUGGCUACUACCAUAGGAUUACCUGUUAUUGGUUAUGCUUUAUAUAAAUAUGAUUUCUUACCUCCAUGGAUAAAGAACACAUUCUUUGGAAACACUUUUGGAAGAAACAGCAACACAAGAAACAGAAGAUCCACUAAACAUCACUUUGAUACGUUCACAGAAGACAGCUUAACAUAUGAUUCAACGGAAACGACGACACGGGGUUCUACAAUAGAUGAUGAUAGAACGGAAUAUUCCGCCCCGUACACAGCAACAGCAUCCUCAAGGGAAGCAGGGCGUGAACAACAACAACGGAGAAGAAAAAAUAUAAGUUAUCAUGCC